AUGUCUUUACCAAUUGAUUCGAUAGACGCUGAAAAGCAACUCGACACAGUAACAAGGUCAUCACGACCAACGUCGCCCUCGGAUUUAGAUUCUGACAGUUCCAAAGUCAUUGGCUGCUUAGCAUAUGUGCCCGUUGUUCUGGGCCGUAAUACUUCGAGAUUCACUCGACUACUACGACACAAUGUCAUUGGCAAGAUCCUGCUGAUACUAGGGUCGGGUUAUUUCAUCACCAUUGCCAUGCUGUACAUGUUUUCUUCAGACGUGUACCCAUCAACCGACUCUCUCAAGGCAUUGUUUGAAACAGGUUCUAACGCCAAUUCAGCACCAGUCGAACCAAAACCAAUUGAAGAUGGUCGAUUCGACCCUCGAGCCAUUGUCACUGCUCUCAGAGCUACUUCGACUGACGAAGUAUCGGUAUUUGACUGGGGUGACUGGCUCGACCUGUCCGAAGUCAAGGGAUAUGCCGAGACGAGUGAGAGCUCUAAAUUCAACUGGCUGUCCAAGACAGUCCCUCUUAGUGAAGUCAACUUUCCUCCACGUAGUAAAGCCGACGAGAAGGAACAGGCCUUUGUUGGUAAGCUUUAUCUCGAUAACUUUGCUCGUGUUCCUAGUCAAGUCAUUAUGGUUGGUGAAGCCAGAGCUACUUAUGCUAUGAGAGCCAAAGACGCCUCAAGAAACCACGUCGACUACUCUGAGCAACCAGAGCCUGAAGAGACUGAGCAACAGAAACAAGAUCGUGAAAAGGGCGAGGAAGAAGACCGCAAACAAGAAGCAGAGAUGAAUAAGAAGAAGCAAGAUCGUGAGAACCGUAGAAAGGAAGCCGAGGAAAAGAGAAAGAAGCUCGGCGAAGAGAAAAAGGAAGAGAAGAAAGAAGACGAAACUGCUGACAAGACUAAACGUGACGACGAAACCGAGGUCGAUCUUGAAAAUAUUCCUGUUGUGUCUCAAGUGCCCGAUGCUCCAAGUCCCCGCAUUAUCAACAUGACUCCAGCUGAAAUGGCUAAGGAAAAGGCUCGUGUGUUCCCUCCUCUGUUACCAGCACUUGCUAAUGGUACUUUGGAAGACAAAGUUGCCGUCACCCUCAAUGCCAGCAUGUUCACACUCGAUCUUGCUGCCUUGCAAAAAACCGGAGUCAACUCGUCACCACUGGAAAUCAAGCACGCCGAGAUGAUUAAGAAAGCCCGUAAAUAUGUUGGCACCUCAUCCAAGCACUUCUACGAGGUCUUGUUGACCAAUGAUCCAUAUGGACACGGUACUCACUACGACUGGAGAUUUUUCAACCUGGUUCGUCUUGGAAACGAGCACGAAGCUGUCAUGCACCAUUUGAUGCGAGCCUGGUCUAUGUUUGCUGACCAAGAAGGCAUUGCCUCGUGGAUUUCUCACGGUUCGCUUAUUGGUUGGUACUGGAACGGUAUUUCGAUGCCAUGGGAUUCUGACAAUGAUGUCCAAAUGCCUAUUGUCGAGCUCGACCGAUUUGCCCAGCUGUAUAACGGCACCUUGGUCGUUGAAGACGAAAAGGAAGGUACUGGCAGAUACUACAUUGAUGUUGGUCCCUGGUACGUGAGCCGUCAUAAGGGCAAUGGUCGCAACGUUAUCGACGCUAGAUUCAUCGAUAUCCGAUCCGGUAUCUACAUUGACAUCACCGGUUUGGCCCAGACAGACCGACCUGGUCAGUUUGCAUGCAAAAACAACCAUUACUAUCACCACGACUGGCUCAGUCCCAUGCGUAGAACUCUUUACGAAGGUGCCGAAACCUAUGUUCCCAACAUGUACGAAGCAGUCCUGCGAGACGAAUACAACAAGUACCGUCAAUCUACAUUCAAGGACUGGUCGUUCAACCGUGAUUUGAGACUAUGGGUCCCCACCAAGAAAUGCGCCAAGUUCAACGUCCCAUCGCUCAAAUUCGACGAGAACAACGAUCUCAACCUGUACGGAGCUUGUAACGACGCCAAUAUCUACAAAGAAUAUACCCUAACAAAAGAAGUGUCACGUGAACACGCCAACGAGAUGGAUAUCUACAAUCGCAUGGACAUCGUCAACAAAAACGGCAAGAACAUGUUUGUCGACACCGACGAGACGAGAGCUCUAUUUGCAGACGAGUUCCGCGUCUACUACCCACCUCUGCGAGCCGAUCCUGGCAUUUCGGCCGAUAAGUCCUGGCAGCAUUAA